UGCUUGAGAAUAUCAUUGGAAUUUGGUCUUUUCUGAUGGUGAUGCGGGUCGGUCAUUGUGGAUAUGAUGUCAGUCGGCCGUGGACAGACUCCAGACAUUUUUCGGAUCAUUGAACAUUUCAGUGCCCGGUUUCGAACCAUUUGACUUGGAGGGUGAGAUGAAAGAAGCUCGCCCCGUUUCUUGAGAGGAAUCCACCGAUGAUCAUUCUCAUCGCGAAGUGACGUAUGAUGAGCCGAAGGCAAGAUUGUAUUCCAAUGAUUCGGAUUUCCGUGAAAUGUUCCAUCCGCAUGCCAGCGAGCAUGAUGACCAUCAUGGUAUGCUUGAACUUCAUGCCUGAAUCCGAGGCAGAUCGCCACCAAGAAUUGGAUAAGCUCAAACCUCCUUGUCCACAUCGAGUGAUCGACACGGAGGGCCGCCUGAUGAUCGAGAAGCCAAAGACAAGAGACAGGGUCCUUUCAGAGAGGUUAAAACACGCGCCGGAGAAGAAAUGAUUUCAGCAAAUAUAGAGAGAGCAAGAGAUGUGAUGAUUAAUGAAAUUGGAAAGUAAAAGGUCAAGUUGUGCGUGUUGGAUUUUGAUCUUUGGCUAUCAAUGCUCGUUGACCCAAGGCUCCAUGUCAUCUUAAUUGUGAUUCAGCGGCAUUUUAACAUGGGGCAUAGUCU